AUGCUCCUCUCCAACAUCACUGAAUCUCGAACUGGAGGAGUUCCCCUCUCGGUGAACUUCGAGAGUCCUGUAGAUUAUCUCAUUUUUAUUUUCCAGAUUUUAUUCGCCACAGCUACUAUCCUCGUAGCAGGACCUGUAGUCAUUACCAUCUUGGCCACCAGAGCGCUCCGCCUCCAAAACAGGUUCAUUUUCAUGCUGAACACCAGUGUGUGUGACACGCUGGUUGGGUUUUCUGUGUAUUACAUCGGUCUGUUUGAUGUUCAGGAAGGCUAUCCUUCGAGGAAUGGGACUUAUAAUAUUUUAAAUUCUCUUCUUGGGGUAAACAUGAUGACAUUUUUAUUUGCACAAUUUGACCGCUAUUUUGCCAUUUGUCAUCCAUACAUCUACACGCGCUUUAUAACACGGCGAGUGACUAUUUCUAUAAAUGUCUACUGUUGGCUUCAUGUCUAUGGUCAGCUGAUGGUUAUAAAUAUCUUGCCACUUUCCAAAGCAAUACAGCUGUAUGUUUUCGGCAUUGUCAGUUUACAAGUCAUUGUGCUCACCAAAGUGAUCAUGACUAUCAAACUGUAUGUUGUUGCCAGAUUCCAGGUUGAAAGAGACCCUCCCAGCGCAGACAAAGAAAGCAAGAAGGAGUCAUUAAGAAUUAUCAUAUUUGUUGUCACAAGCUUCUUGGUGUUGUGGGGCCCCUCUUUUGUUAAUAUCAUCCUCAGACUGCUACUAAACGGAGGGCUGACAUUUAGAAACGAGGCCACCAAUCCUUUCGCCAUCAUGGCUCGUUUAAACGCUGUGUGCACACCGGCAGUGUACUUGUGGGGGAGUCCGGCUCUGAGGAAAGCCUUAGUGAAGACAGUGUGGGGAAGAGUGUGCCCAAGAUGCAAGAAGAGGUAA